ACACUGCGCGUGUGUCACACUACUGUCACCAAGUUAGGUGUUCUGUGCUGUCACCCCUGUCACCUGUCACAUAUUCAUAUUUCUAUUAACGCAAUGUGAAUGUUGUUACCAUAUGUUGGGCCCCUCGCCUGCGUAAUUCCCUUCCAGUUAGUGUCUUGUCGUGUCUUCAUCAUCGUCAGUUCGUCAUCUCCUCUGGUAUCUGUAUGUUGUUGGCAACCAUAACUUGCGUCCUACAUUUUUUGUGCCGUCACAGUUUAAACCUAAACCUUCUUGGAUUAUUCCAUGUAGUACAAUUGGGGACGAAUGUCUGAGUCUGAGGUCACCCCAGAAAUUUAUGAGAUGUAUAUGAGAGUUUUGUGUUACAUUUGUUAAUUCUGACAUGAUUCGAUAACUGACUGAAGAAAAUCAAUUGAGUUGUUGGAAUAUCAACUGCAUAUUUAGCCAAAUCGUUGACUUUUUGUUGCACACAAAUUAAUAACGGAAAAUGGCGAACACAAAAUCAGACAUCCAGACAGAAGUAGAAAAUGUUCGUGUUUUCAUUAGAGUGCGUCCUUUAACAAAAAAGGAAGAAGAUGAAGGUCGCCAAAAUAUACUUCUCAUUGAUUCAAAGGAGAACUUGAUUGCUCUAAACAAAGAUGGAAUCAAUCCAAAGCCCUUCAAGUUUGACCAAGUGUUUUCAGAGAACUCAACACAAAUAAAUUUAUAUCGAGUGAUCGCAGUUCCAAUUGUGGAAAAAGCUCUCCAAGGUUAUAAUGGCACAAUUUUUGCUUAUGGACAAACAGGUACGGGAAAGACCUAUACAAUGGUUGGAAACUACACAAAACCAGAUUUAAAAGGAAUUAUUCCAAACACUUUCUCACAUAUUUUUAGCCAAAUAUCUAGAGCUAGUGGAGAAAAUUCAUUUGUAGUCACUGUAACAUAUUUAGAAAUAUAUAAUGAAGAAGUAAGAGAUCUGCUAUCUACAGAUCCAAACAAAAAGUUGGCCAUUCGCGAAAGACCUGAUGUGGGCGUGUAUGUUAAAGAUUUGAUGGGAUUUACUGUUGACUCAAUAGAGUCAAUUACAGAAUUACUUAACAGAGGAAACAAAAAUCGUGUCACCAGGUCCACUUUAAUGAAUGAUGUUAGUUCCAGAUCCCAUGCCAUCUUUACAAUCACCAUAGAAUCCCGGAAUACAAGUAGUAAUAAAACUACUGUGGGAAAAUUGAAUCUAGUUGACUUAGCUGGAUCUGAACGUGCAAGCAGAACACAAGCUACUGGAGAAAGAUUAAGAGAAGCCAGCAACAUUAAUUUAUCACUUUCAGUACUUGGGAAUGUGAUUUCAGCACUUGUGGAUGGCAAAAGUACCCAUAUUCCAUAUAGAAAUUCUAAGUUGACACGUCUGCUGCAGGACUCAUUAGGGGGAAAUUCAAAAACGGCUAUGGUAGCGAUGGUGAGCUCGGCAGAUAUCGAUUAUGAAGAAAGCAUGUGUACUUUAAGGUAUGCCGCACGAGUGAAGCAUAUUCAAAAUCAUGCAAGAAUUAAUGUAGAACAUGGCGGCCUUAUCGAAGGAUUUGAACAAGAAAUCGCAGAAUUACAAGAAAAAAUUCACUUAUUGUCAGUGCAAGAACAAAAACAACCAGUUACUAAAAAGAAGAAAGAAAGGUCAUCAUCGCAAGCUAGAGCUGAUGAAAUUAGAAAAUGUGAAGAGGAGUUACAAAAAACUGAGAAAGAGAAGAAUGAACUUAUGCAAAAGAUAUCCAUGAUUCAGAAAAAAAUUUUGGUUGGUGGCGAAAAUCUCUUCGAGAAAGCGCAACAUCAGGCAUUUUUAAUAGAGUCGUCAGGUGUAGAAAUUGAAACUUUGGACAAGAACCACCAACAAUUGGAAGAAACUUUGAAUAAAAAAGGGCAAGAGAGAAUCGACGUUGAAGAAAAAUAUUCCAGCUUGCAAGAAGAAGAUGCUGGACUUACAAAAAAGAUCAAGAAAGUUCAGUCUUAUUUGAAUGAAGUGAAAGAAGAAUAUGCUGAUAAAGAACAUGAGUACCAAAGAGAAAUGGAAGCACUUCUUGACAACAAUCGACUUCUAGUUAGGGAAACACAACUUGCUUGUUUGAUGAUUGAUAGUUACAUUCCAAAGGAAUAUUUGAAAAAAAUUGAUUCCAAUUUAAUCUGGAACUCAGAAACUCAGGAAUAUCAAAUGCGAGGCGUCGCUUACACUGGUAACAACAUGAGGAAACGGCAGUCAACACAUCCAGAAUUUUUUACGCCCAUCCACUUUGAAAUGAAAGCUGUUUAUCAUAAAUAUCCUGAAAAGAAACGAGAAAGAAAAAUCAUGUACGAAAAACGGUCUUUUUCAGCUGUACCCAAGGCACGCUAAUUUAUUAUAAUGCUAUGUAAAAACAUUUAUAGGGUUGCUAAAAAGUAUGAAUACACCUAAAUAUUUCCAGAACGGUUUAUCAGGACUCAUUGAAAUUAUGUAUACAACAUUUGGCCAACUUGAUGUUUUUAAUGGCACCAGGGGUCAGAUUUAAUAUUUUUGAAAAAAGCAUUUUUUUUUCUCUGCAUUGUGAUGUAACCACCUUUAAAAAAAUAUAUUAGAAUAAUACAAUUAAGAAAAAUAUUAAAUUUUGUUUUGAUUUAUUUCCGUUGUGUUAUUUUUACAAUUAUUAUUAACGUAUAUUUAAUUUGUUUAUCAACGCACAGGUGGCAAAAAACUAAUGAUAGAUAACGACAACAUUUCCUAUUUUUCACAUUUUCCAAAUUGUAUUAUUUUAAUUUUUUUACAAUUUUUUAGUGCAAAUAAAGAGAGGCAUGUGUUACAUCACCGAAUGCAGAAAAAAAAAAUGCUUUUUUUCAAAAAUAUUUGACCCCUCGUGCCAUUAAAAAAACGUCAAAUUGGUGUUGUAUUUCCAAAACAAAUGUUCUGGAAAUAAUCAGCUGUAGGCAUACUUUUUAGCAACUGUAUACCUUAUAAUUUGCUAUUAUAAUUCAAUUGAGUACUUAAUAAAGUGUUCUUAGUGUG